AUGUCUUCGUACUCUCACAGCAGAGAAGAGGGUCACGAUCCAAGAGGUGAUGGAUCACAAUACUCCAGCUACGGUGACGGCAACGUAGCUCAUCACCUUCGACGAGACCUCCACCGUACACAGAGGACCAGCCUCCAACUUCUUGACGCUCAAGAGGAAUCGGCCGAGCGCAUCCGUGAACUCGAAGACAACAACUACGUCCUGGAGGAAGAAGUCGCAAAUAUGCGUGCCCAACUUGCGUUUGCCACCGGGAACAUCAUUAAUGUAAUCCAAGACAAGGUGGAUGCCGCCACAUUCGCAGGCUCCACUGUACGCGCUCUUAAGCAACAAAUCACUGAACAAACCGAAACCAUCGAGAAUUUGAAGAUCCAGAAGAGGAAGGCAGUCACAGAGCUCAGUCAAUUUCAACGCCAGAAAAAAAAGAAAACGUCCCCCUCCAGCAAAACAAAGUCAGAGAAGAUGAAGUCUGGGAACCAAAGCGCAUCUUCCGAUGCCAACACAGCGCUUACCACCUCUCUGAUCACUUCCCCUGACCAGGCCCGAUCUUUUGCACCAUCAGCCCAAGAACAUGCACUAUUUUUGGUUGAAAAAGUUAUGCGCGAUCGCGUGAUUCGUGAUGUGCACCUAUCUCGUAGAGUCAAAGGCUUGUUACAAGAGGCUCUUUCGAACGCCGACUUGGGAAGAAAUGUGUAUGGUUUCAUCCAUCGAGGCAAGAUCGGUUGUUACUAUUGUUUCCACGAAGUUUGCGAGAAGGGGCCUGAUGCCUCUGUGGAGCUGCACUUGGCUGAUCCGAGAUGCCAGCUCGGAAGUGACAAAUGCAACUUCCUGGUCAAGGCGGUGGGCAUUGGUGCUCACAGAAAGAUUCAGGUCUACAAUCCUGCUAUGGGCACUUCUGCUUGA